CAUCAGUAGGUAACUUUUCGCUUUUUAUAUUACAAUAUGAAUAAAAUUUAUGAUGUUAACGAUAAUUUACAAAGAAAAUCUAUUCUAAAAAUCUGUUCUCAAAUUUUAUCUAUUCCUUUUGCUCAAAUAAAUUCCUCUAUACCUUUGGAGGAUGAUGGAUAUUUUAAUGAAAACGAUGAUAGAAUAUGUCAGGAAGUUUUUCAGAAGAAUAACGUUAGAGUUGUAAACCGUUAUAUUUUAAACGAUGUACAAAAUCGACUUUAUACUCGACAACUUUACAUUGAAUAUGAUAAAGAUACAUUGAAAAAUAUUAUCCCAAUUUGUAAAAGUUGGUUCACACCUCUUAUUAGUGAUUUGAAGAAAAUAGACAAAGAAAAAAGAAAUGAAUGGACUCAAAACCAUGAUAUAAAUAAUUCAGCAGAAGGAUUAAAAAGUUUAUUAAUCAAUAGUCCCAUUACGACUAUUCCUGGUUUUAAUUAUCUCAUUGAUAUUCAUUGGGACAAUGAAGAUCGUAAAAAUAGUUUAAUAUUUGGAUCAGAUUAUGGAAUUUAUUUAACAGUUGAAACUCAAUGGCUUAACAUGAAUCAUGGUCAACGUGCAAAAAGACUUAGAGAUGAUGCUAGAAUUGAUGUUAAAGAACGAGCACGAAGACUUAAAGAGUUUGCAAUUGCGAAAUAUGGAAAUGUUGCGAUUAAGAUAAUUGGUGCUUCUUAUACGAAUGACAAUGAAAAUGAAAAACUUCAAUUUGUAGAUAAUCAAGAUAAAGAGAUUGCGAGAAUUAUCGGACAUUUGUAUCACGGAGGUAUAUUUAUUAUUAUAUUUGUUGUAUUAUGUAUGUUGUUGUAUUUUUACGCCAUUUCAAAUAUGAAAUAAAAAUGAAUUGCUUCCAAUUCCUAAAUUUCCUUAAUUAAAGUAGAUUGAUAAUGUACAUAUCUAUCUAUUAAAUAACAAUCAAAAUCAUCUUCAAUAAAUAGCGGCACUGAAUUUUUUAGCCGAGAA